AUGAAGCAUGAAAAUCAGAUUAUCUCAGCAAAGCUUUUCAAUUCUCAAAGGUAUAUCCAUAGCCUUAUUGUCUAUUUUCUUUUCUUUGGUUCUGGUUUGGUUAUAGGAAUAUCACUAACCUUCUAUCUAAAAGAUGUUCCAAUCACAUUAAAGAAAAAACUAAUUACCGUCCAACCAUCUCCUCCACUAAUAGUACCACCAAAAUCACAUCCUCCGCCAUCUCCUCCAUUGAAUUUGCCUUUGCAUCAAGAGCAACGCUUAACAGUACUGAAUAAUAAUAAGAAAAGGAAAAGGGGUGUUGGUAGAACAGGAUUAACCGAUUAUAUUAAGCCUCCAGACGCCAUGCAUGAUAUGAAAGAUGAAGAGUUACUAUGGAGAGCUUCAAUGGUUCCUAAGGUUAGGAUAUUUCCAUUCAAUCGUACCCCAAAGGUUGCCUUCAUGUUUCUAGCAAGAGGAAGUUUACCAUUAGCUCCUCUUUGGGAACGAUUUUUUAAAGGACAUGAAGGGCGUUACUCAAUUUACAUUCAUUCACAACCAUCUUUCAAAGGGGAUGCACCUGAAGAAGGACCAAUUUUUCAUGGACGAAGAGUACCAAGUAAGAGAGUAGAUUGGGGAGAAUUCAGCAUGGUUGACGCGGAACGGAGGUUACUAGCCAACGCAUUACUUGACAUGUCAAAUGAGCGUUUUGUUCUUCUUUCAGAGGCUUGCAUUCCUUUAUAUAAUUUCACAACUAUCUACACCUACAUCAUGAACUCCACAAAAACCUUCGUAGAAUCCUAUGAUGAAUGGGGCCCCGUUGGACGAGGCCGCUACAAUAGCCAAAUGACACCAUGGGUAACAAUUGAGCAAUGGAGAAAAGGGUCCCAGUGGUUUGAGCUCGAUAGAGAGAUCGCUGUCGAUGUGAUCACCGAUCAAAAGUACUUCAAUUUAUUCAAAGAUUUUUGCAGGCCAGCAUGUUACUCCGAUGAGCAUUACUUGCCAACUUUCGUCACCAUGAGGUAUUGGUGGAAAAAUGGUAACAGAACGUUGACAUGGGUUGACUGGACAAAAGGUGGACCCCAUCCAACAAAAUUUGCUAGGACUGAGGUAACAAAGGAGUUGUUACACCAAAUGAGAAAUGGAAUUCAGUGUGAGUAUAAUGGAGAGCCUACAAGUAUGUGUUACCUCUUUGCAAGAAAGUUCUUACCUAGUGCAUUGGAAAGGCUUUUAAAGUUUGCUCCUAAGGUCAUGAUGUUCGGUUGAUCUUAUAUUUUAUCCCUUGCAUCGUAUCACUUUCAUAUGGUGCGCGCGACUUGUGCCUAAAUGAAGGAUCAAGUGAUUGCAACGGGAAUACUGGCCUUCCGUUUGAUUUGUUUCUUAGAAAGGUAAUUUAGACGACACAUAAUUUUUCCUAACAUUGUUUUCAUAAAAUUUUGCUGGAGCUAGUUUGGAUUUAAAAAAAUAAUCCAAAAGAAAAUCCAAUAUGUCUUGUGAUUCUUUAAUUUUCUUGAAAUUUUAGUUCGUUGUUAUUGCUUAGU